UCAUGACACACACAUUAACUUUACAACUACCUGGGUACACUACAGUUUUCAGGAUCCUUUGACGCGGUGACUUGUUCACCCAAGCAACUAGGCCUAUUCGUUGAUGGAAUAAGUGUAUAUUGGAAUGCUGGAAAACUAUUCGUGCCUUGUUAGUGAGUGUAGAUUGACCUAGCGCGCAGUAGUUUUGGAUAUCAUGGCUGUUGAUAAUCAGACUGUUGUGUACAUUUCAGAACAGAUAGUUAUUUUGAUUUCGUGUGCCCUGUCUUUUUUGGGCUCUUUACUUAUUAUCUUUACGUACAUCAUUUGGCCAGAUUUGAGGACCACGCCGAGAACACUUCUGGUCUACUUGUCCGUGGCUGACUUGUUGUCUGCGGGCUCGUACGCAUACGGAGUUUGGAGUGUCUUUGAAUCAAACUCUGUGGAUUGCGUCGUUCAAGGAGCGAUAUCUACUUUCGCCAACACCAGUUCGUUUUUCUGGACUGUCGCUAUCGCUAUAUAUCUGUACAUUUUAAUCGUCAAGUCGAAUCAAAGACAAGCUGACAGCUUCGUGUUAUGUUUUCACGUUAUCAGCUGGGGCAUCCCUCUAGGUAUCACAGUAGCAGCUCUGGCUCUGGGCCGUAUUGGCUACGAUGCAUCGGAGGUGUCUGUGGGCUGGUGCUGGGUGAAGAUCCAGGCUCCAGACCAUGUCCUGUGGAUGCUGCUCACUGGGAAGAUAUGGGAGUUCCUGGCCUAUCUCACCCUCCCCGUCCUCUACGUCCUCAUCAAGAAGCACAUCCACAGAGCGCAUGCGGCUCUGUCUGAGUACCGGCCCAUCCUGGCCUGCAGUCCUCUGUCCCAGUCCCUUUCCAAUAUGGCCGAUAGGAAGUUGACCCUUAUCCCCAUCAUCUUCAUCGCCCUGCGUAUCUGGAGUACCGUGCGUUUCCUGCUGAUGCUGGCUGACUCGCCCGCCAGGCAGAACCCUGUGCUCGUCACGCUACAUGGCAUUGGGAACACCUUCCAGGGAGCUGCAAACUGUAUCAUGUUUGUCCUGUUCACCCAGCCAAUCCGCUCCCGUCUCUCCACCAUGCUCUGCUGCUGCUCCUGCAGGGUCGGGUCUGGGGCCUCCCUCAUACCCUCCAACACACUCAACCACAGUGGUUUGGGCCUGAAUGUGGAGACCCCCUCACAACCAGAGGACCCCCUGAAUACCAGCUCUCGUGGCUGGCCGGAUGGCUGCUGACCCUGGAUCUGAAUGGCUAGACGGAGCACGCUCGCACCCUGACUGGCUUUCUGAGACACUUUUCACACUACUGAGCCGAGCUGUACUUCGCUGGCCACAUCCUCUGCUAUAGAUGCCUGGUGCUGUGUGAAAGCAGAGCAUCAGAGCUAGCACCGACGUUGAGUUGGGGGGUUGGAAACAAACUUCCGUACUGCAUCCCACUCAUUAAUGCAAGUGGGGGGGCAAAUUCUGCAGACAUGUGCACGUUGUACGGCCUCUCCUGACAGGCCACACGUUCAACAUGCACUUUAGGUGAUAUGCGUGCUUAAUGCUUUGAUUAUCCUCAUGUCGUUUUGUUGGAAGAGAUUACUUGCUGUGCUCAGUCACUAGCAUUGGACCAUCCAUAAGGAUGAACGCCAAGGUCAUUCUAGCGGAUGAAGUUGUACAUAGGGGCUCUGUUCAAAAGUAGUGCACUAUAUAGGGAAUAGGGCUCUGGUCUAAAGUAGUGCACUAUAUAGGGAAUAGGGCUCUGUUCAAAAGUAG